UUAUAAGGAAAGUUGAAGCAUUCCUGAGCACCUCGGUAUAAAGUCGUCUCGAGUAGACAUUUGUUGUGAUCGUUUCCAUGGAGCCGGAACACCCCAAAACACCAUCCCGACCUUCGAAGUCGCCGAUCCCCGCCUACGACUAUUUCCAGUAAAAAGACCAGAACAUACCCGACGGUUCAAUUCCAUUUAUUGGUUUCAGAAACCGGCAAAAAAAUAAAUGAUUCAGACAAGCCAUUCGGGUGAUGGUUCAUGUCGAAUUUCCGAACUCAAGUUAACCGCAUCGGCAAUUGAUGCCACGCUCAACACCUAGAGUAUCUCUAAAUGGUAGCCGACGAGGUCAAGUAUCCCGCCGGGUUCGGCUUCAAAGAUGUCGUAUCCCAUGGCAUCUCGGGCCUUGUCGUCCUCGACAAGUCUUCACAAACUGUCAUCAAAACACCCCUCUUCGAUGACUGCGAGGUUGCCCUGUCCCGGGAGCGUCAUAUCUAUGAACGGCUCACACAACGGGGCGGCCAUGAACGGAUUCUUCGCUAUCACGGCACCGUUGAAUCCGGUAUCCGACUAGAAUAUGCGCCAAACGGUGACAUCCGCCGUACAUUAUGCGCCCAAGAGAAGGAGCCUAGCAUGAAGACUACCCCCAAACAGCAUCAACAAUGGGCCCUCCAGAUUGCCGAGGCUCUCGCCUUCAUCCAUUCCGCCGGAGUUGUCCACGGCGAUCUCACCUGCCACAACAUCUUUCUGGACGAGAACUUCAACGCCAAGGUUGCCGACUUCGCCGGCUCUUCGCUGGACGGUACCGAUCUGCUGGUUUGCGUCGCCGCCAGCCACGAAUACCCCGGUCCAACAUUAUCUGUCAAAGGGGAUAUCUUCGCAUUCGGGUCGGUUAUCUACGAAAUCACUACCGGAGCCGCCCCUUACAAAGAGCUGUCCGACGACGAGAUCGAGGCUCGGUAUAAGAGAGGGGAGUUUGCAGACACAGCUUCGCUGGGUCAAAUGGGGGUUGUUAUCCAAAAAUGCUGGAGGGGGCAGUAUGAUGGAUUUGAGGCAAUUAUCCAGGACCUAAAAGCCCAAGGGGAGAACCCUAUUAUGCCUGCCACAUGAAGCAUCAAGACAACGGUCCUGGCUGUCGCCGUAGCCGUCGCGACCACUUUACUCAUCCGCACUACUUUAUCAGCACGCGAUCGUCUAUCAUGACCACUUCGAGGGGGGUGGGGGGGGAUGCUUACCGGCCCAGGCAGAGAGAACAAAACCGAUAUUCAAGAGAGGCACCUCGGACACUUGCCAGGCUUCCUAUAUGUUCCCGUGAGGAUGAUCUUGCCGUUCGCUCCUU